AGUAGGGGCCCUGUUAUGACCCAUGUCUCUUCCUACCACAGCUCUGAGCACAUUUUACUAAACUGCUGCAAAUGUAUGUCCAGAAGAACUGUUUUUGUCACUGAGAAACAAUCAAAUAGAGUUUGAGGUAAAUGGAUGGGACACGGAUGAAGAAAGAGGAGGAUGGCGAGAAGACGAAGACAGACGAGGAGGUGGUGCACCUUCGCAGGGAGAUCGGCCUGCUGCCUGCCGUGUCCUUCAUCAUCGGCACAGUGGUGGGCAGCGGGAUCUUCAUCGCGCCCAAGGGAGUCCUGAUGAACAGCGGCAGCGUGGGGCUCUCUCUGCUGGUGUGGGCACUGUGUGGGGUCCUCUCUCUCUUUGGCGCCCUGUGCUAUGCUGAGCUGGGCACCAGUUUUACAAAAUCAGGUGGACACUACACUUACCUGCUGGAGACGCUGGGCCCGCUGCCUGCCUUCUUACGACUCUGGGUUGAAUUCUUAUUCAUCAGGCCAGCUGUUGCUUCCUAUGUGUCCCUGGCUUUCGGCCGCUACGUGGUGGAGCCGUUCUUUGCACCCUGUCCUGCUCCCAUGGCGUUGAUUAAACUGGUCAGCCUCCUCGGAGUAACCUUUGUCGUAGCAGUCAACUGCUGGAGCGUGACCAUGGCGUCUCGCACUCAAGUCACCUUGACUUUCAUUAAGAUGUUUGCUCUGGUGCUCAUCAUCAUCCCUGGUGUCAUUGCAUUGGCCAAAGGAAAAACUGAAAAUUUCCAGAAUGGUUUUGAGGUGGACUCAUUAACUCUGGAUAUGUUGCCACUGGCGUUCUACAAUGGCCUUUAUGCCUACGGUGGAUGGUUUUAUCUGAACUUUGUCACAGAAGAAGUCAUAAACCCAAACAGAACAAUCCCACUGGCGAUAAGCUUCUCCAUGGUGACGGUGACGAUCUUUUAUGUGCUUGUUAAUGUGGCCUACUACACCAUGAUGACCCCCGCCGAGCUGCUGCUGUCUGAAGCAGUGGCCAUGACGUUUGCGAACCGCGCCCUGCAGGGAUUGUCUUCUGUGAUUCCCAUCCUUGUGGCCCUAUCCUGCCUUGGAGCUCUUAACGGUGGCUUCUUUGGGUCACCCAGGAUGCUGUUUGUGGGAGCCAGGGAAGGCCACUGGCCUCCGAUCUUUUCCAUGAUUCACGUUCGCAGAAAGACACCUUUACCUGCUGUGCUGUUACUGUACCCCUUGGUGGUGUUGAUGUUAACUACUGGAGAGAUCUACCAGCUCAUCAACUUCGUCUCCUUUUCUCGCUGGUUCUUCAUCGCCCUGGCAACCAUGGGUAUGCUCAUCCAUCGAUAUCGCUUCCCCCUCCACCCAAGACCCUUCAAGGUGCCCCUGGUCAUCGCCGUCACCUUCACAGUGGUUUGCUUCUUCAUCGUGGGUCUGUCUCUGUACUCGGACCCCUGGAACACAGGGAAGAGCUGUGCUCUUACACUGACCGGGAUCCCAGUUUACUACAUGACAGUCUACCGCUUUCGCUUGCCCCGUAGAUGGAGACGAAUAUUCAACUACUGCAGCAAGCAGCUGCAGAUCCUCCUCGAAGUGGCUCAACAAGAAGUCCAGACAUACUGAAGACCCCAAAGGACAGAGAUUUCUACUGACGGACCUCCUGGAUGCCACAAAGUCCUUUGUUUCACGUCCGUUUUGACGCUAAGAUGCUGUGAAAAAACACACUAAACUCUUCCAACGAUGCUGGAAACCGGUAUCUGACUGCUGCGAUAGAAUUCGACAACAACUAUUGCUACUGGACUUUUUACUAGUGUUCUAUAUGAACAAUGUAAAGCUCUGAUUGUAGAUAUUAUUUUUUACAAUGUUUUGUAAGAACCAAUAAAAUUUUUGAAUCAGA